CCCACCUCAGUCACUGGUUUGCUCGCUUCCUUAUGUGAUGAAUCAAUGCUUUCAGAACAGGGGCUUCUGAGUGACUGCAGGAACAAUUACUUCCAAAUGAACUCGUGCAUCUUAUCAGGGAGCAUUCAGACCACACCCCAGGUCUCUGCUGGUGGUUCUGAAGCCAAACCUCUGAUCUUCACAUUUGUCCCCACUGUCAGAAGACUACCAACCCAUACUCAGUUGACUGACACCUCUAAAUUCCUUGUUAAAAUUCCAGAAGAAUCAAGUGAUAAGAGUCCAGAAACUGUAAAUAGGUCUAAAUCCAAUGACUACUUGACCUUGAAUGCUGGGAGCCAACAAGAGAGAGACAAAGCGACAUUGACUUGUCCUUCAGAGGUCAGUGGAACGAUUUUACAAGAAAGGGAAUUUGAAGCAAACAAACUUCAAGGAAUGCAGCAAAGUGACCUCUUCAAAGCUGAAUAUGUCCUUAUUGUGGACUCUGAAGGGGAAGAUGAGGCUACAAGCAGAAAAGUUGAACAAGGCCCCCCAGGGGGGAUUGGUACCGCAGCUGUCCGGCCCAAGUCUCUAGCAAUCUCUUCCAGUCUGGUCUCUGAUGUAGUGCGUCCCAAAACACAGGGGACUGAUCUCAAGGCCUCAUCACAUCCUGAAAUGCUUCAUGGGAUCGCCCCUCAGCAAAAGCACGGGCAGUUAACUUCUUCUUCCACUACCUCUGAGCAGCUUGCCUGUAAACCACCUGCUUUCUCCUUUGUUUCUCCAACUAAUCCGAACGCACCACCCGACCCAGUUCACCUCGAGGGAGCCUCUGUCCUAGAGGAGUUCCACACUAGGAGGCUGGAUGUCGGUGGGGCCGUGGUGGAAGAAUCAGCUACGUAUUUUCAAACUACCGCUCACUCUACACCCUUUUCUGCAUCGAAGGGCACCUCCUCGACGUUACUGUUUCCCCAUUCCACUCAACUAUCAGGUUCUAACUUACCCAGUUCAACUGCGGCAGAUCCAAAGCCUGGACUGACCUCUGAAGUUCUCAAGAAGACAAGUUUAACCUCGCAUGUCCUUAGUCGCGGAGAAAGUCCGAGAACCUCUUCUCCUCCAUCGUCCUCCAGUGCUUCUCUGAAGUCGAAUUCAGCCUUGUACAUACCAGUCCGCAUUGUCACGCAUUCACUGUCUCCGAGCCCCAAACCAUUUACCUCCUCUUUCCACGGCUCUUCUUCCACCAUCUGCAGCCAAAUGUCAUCUAGUGGAAAUCUUUCAAAGUCAGGGGUAAAAUCCCCGGUGCCUUCCCGGCUUGCCCUUCUCACUGCCAUUCUCAAGUCAAACCCUUCCCACCAAAGACCCUUUUCCCCUGCAUCCUGUCCCACCUUCUCUCUCAACUCCCCGGCCUCUUCCUCGCUCACACUUGAUCAAAAAGCAAAGCAGACCCCACCCACGCCUAAAAAAUCUCUCUCAAGUUGUUCCCUGAGAGCCGGGUCUCCAGAUCAAGGGGAAUGCCAGGUUUCUGAGUUGACCCAGCAAUCUUUUCACCUGCCUGUUUUCACCAAGUCUACCCCACUUUCUCAGGCGCCCUCCCUCUCUCCUACAAAACAGGCUAGUAGCAGCCUUGCUUCCAUGAAUGUAGAGAGAACACCAUCACCUACUUUGAAGAACAAUACCAUGCUUUCCCUGCUACAAACCAGUGCAUCAAGUUCUGUGGGUCUUCCUCCUGUUCCACCAAGCUCUUCUCUUUCCUCUUUAAAGAGUAAACAGGAUGGUGACCUCAGGGGUCCAGAAAACCCCAGAAACAUUCACACCUACCCUUCUACAUUAGCCUCCUCUGCAUUGUCUUCUCUAUCUCCUACUAUUAAUCAAAGAGCUACGUUCUCUUCUUCAGAGAAAUGUUUCCAUCCUUCCCCAGCUCUUUCAAGCCUGAUAAACAGAUCUAAAAGAGCAUCAUCCCAACUAUCUGGCCAGGAGCUGAAUCCUUCAGCUCUUCCUUCACUCCCUAUCUCCAGUACUAGCUCUGCCUCUCUUCCCAACUUGAGGUCCUCCUCUCUCCCUCGUGCCAAUCUGCCCACCCUGGUGCCCCAGCUCAGUCCCUCAGCUCUGCAUCCACAUUGUGGCAGUGGUACCCUGCCUUCAAGACUUGGGAAAUCUGAAAGCAGCACCCCCAACCACAGGUCACCUGUUUCAACCCCAUCACUUCCCAUAUCUCUAACAAGAACAGAGGAGCUGAUUUCACCUUGUGCAUUGUCCAUGUCAACAGGCCCAGAAAAUAAGAAAUCAAAGCAAUACAAGACCAAGUCAAGCUACAAGGCUUUUGCAGCAAUCCCUACAAACACAUUGCUUUUGGAACAGAAGGCACUAGAUGAACCAGCCAAGACUGAAAGUGUCUCCAAGGACAACACAUUAGAACCACCAGUGGAGCUGUAUUUCCCUGCACAGCUCAGGCAGCAAACUGAAGAGCUCUGUGCUACCAUUGAUAAGGUCUUACAGGAUUCCUUGUCUAUGCAUUCUUCUGAUUCUCCUUCAAGGUCCCCAAAGACAUUGUUGGGUUCUGACACAGUCAAAACUCCCACAACUCUUCCAAGAGCAGCUGGUCGAGAAACCAAAUAUGCAAAUCUCUCCUCACCAUCUUCUACAGUACCUGAGAGUCAGCUGACUAAGCCUGGAGUAAUUCGCCCAGUACCUGUAAAAUCCAGAAUAUUACUGAAACAAGAGGAGGAAGUCUACGAACCCAACCCUUUCAGUAAAUAUUUGGAAGAUAACAGUGACCUCUUUUCUGAACAGAAUCACUGCAAUUUUGGAAGAAAGGAGUUGAUUUCCUGCCAAAGGGUCAACUGAAUAUAUUGUCUUCUUUCUCUCUCCCGUUAUGAGCAAUUGUAGAAGCCUAUUUUUUAUGGGUUUUUUUUUUUGACUUCUUCAAUUUUAAUUGCUCCUCUCUCCUAAACACCUCCAGAUGGGAAAUGAAAGACCAGAAUCAAACUAUAUGUCUAGAAAAACAUAAAACUCAGCAUUGUAGUCCUCUGCUGCUCACUGUGAUUGAUUAUGGAGUAGCUUUCUUUCUUUUCCCUUGAGUGUACCUCCAUCAGAUACUUCCAUGCUGAUCCAUGCCAUCUGCUCUGUGAAACUCGCUGUCAGACAACCAUACACUUUAAGCCCUAAGUUAUCCGAAUUCUAUCUUUGAAAUUAUGUUGUGAUUAUUAAAAAUCUUUUUUAUAUAGAGGAUUUCAAAUAGCUAAGCAUAUGCUAAAUUUUUCAUACUUCACAAGUUCGAGUUUUCUUGGUUCAAAUCAGGAUUCAAAAUAGAUGUGUUGCUUUAAAUACGUGUUUUAAAAAUGCAUAUGGAUUCUCCAAAAUUUGGGUUUCUAAGCAAGCAGAUGUGCCAUAUAAUCAAAACCAAUUUAUAUUGGCUUUAUCUUAGUGAAAUGUAGAUAAUCAGAAUCUCUUAUUUCUUAGUAACAUGGGGUUUCUGUGAUGCUGUCUGUAAAGUGUUGAUAUGUCUUUAGAUAAAGGGGUUGCCCUUUAAGAAAAUAUUACGACUUUUCAUGAUUUUAUUAACAAGGUGUUGAUUUAAAUUAAAACUGUAGCAAAAAUGCUGUGGCUCUGAUUUUAAAUUGUUGUAGGUUCUAGACAGCAAAGGAAAGCUGAAAAUAAAUGCUGCAUUUAAAAAUAAAUGUGGCUUUACCAAAGAGGUGGAAAGACGGAAGACAGGAUGGAGUGAAAGGCUCCAGUAAUUUUACCUGUGGUACUCUGAGUUCACAAAGGUGCCUUGUACUCAGACAGAAAACUACGGUGUGAAGAGGCGACAGCAUGAGUGAAGAGAAAGUGGAUUUGCACCCUUCACUUCCAAGCCACAGGAAAGGAAGUGACUUUAAAAUGCCAGGGUGCAACAAAAGCAUCUCAGAUGUACAGGCUUUAAUGAGAAGAGCUCAAAAUGCCUUAAAAUGCCUUUGAUGUUGCAAUGGAAACAGCUUUUGAAGUUAAACAGUAUGAUUUGAUGGUUGAGUAGAAAGUAGGCUUUUUCUAGAGCACCAAAUGCGUCAGAUAUGGCUAUAACACUAAUUUUCUGUUGUGUCUGUCAGUUAAGCAGAGCUAAAUUAAUUUAUUCACUGCAUAUUUGUCUGCUAAUUUUUCUCUAAUGAGCAAAGAUAUUACUUGCUUCAUGAGUUCCUGUCUUCUUGAAGUUUUGUAGAAUAUGAUAGUAUCAACAACAAAAAUUAUUAAUUCUUUUCAAAAAGUCAGGUCCUCAGUAAAGCCUUUUUUUGAAAAAUUAGUUCUAUGUAUAUUUACAUUGAAAGAGGACAAUUCUCAAGUGACUGAAAAGUGUUUAAAGCAUUUUAUUAGAAAUAACUAUGUUACCUAUCUCAUUGAUAGAAACAUGUCCAAGACUGUUUUAUAAUCCCUGUACAUCUGUCAAAAACUAGAACAUUAAAACAUUCAUCUAUUGCAUACUAAAGCAGGAUAGAGUGAUGUUCAUUUUCAAGAAUCAUUUAGAAUAGUGAUCUCUAAAGUAUUAGGUACUAACCUCAAUAUAAUGCAGUGGGGUGGAAGUAGGGCACAGGUUAGACAUGAUAGAGAUGUCAUUAGUGUGUUUUGAAACAAAUCUCAAACAGAGGUCACAAACUAUGGUCUGUGGGUCAAACCUGGCUCACCAAUGUUUGUAUAAAUAAAGUAUUAUUGAAACACA